GCCAACUUCAAGCACCUCUUUGAUCAACACAUCACCAGAUUCAACUUCUGCUGAAGUUUCAACAAUGUCCAGUUCCUCUUCUUCUGCAAGUUCCACUUCCCCUGGUUCUUCUUUGUCAUCAAGCUCCGUAUCGCCUGGCUCCUCUGUUUCUAGAACAAGUUCAAUAGAUGGCUCUACAUCAAUGAUGAGUUCUGGUUCUAUUUCACGUUCAAGUUCAACAUCCGCUGGUUCCUCAUUGACCUCGAGGGUCUCAUCUGGUUCUUCUGCCCUUUCCAACUCUACCACCCUGGGUCCUUUUUUAUCAUCAAGCUCAACACAAAGUCCGACUUCCAUUGUUGUGAUUUCAACUCCAAUUGCGAAUUUGUCAACAGCAGGAACAAAUACAGAAGGUUCAACUACUGGAUCUCCAUUAAUGACUUCAAUAGGAUCGUCUACACCGUCAUCUUUUGCAUCUCCAACCUCACCUUCCGUCGUUUCUCGAACAAGCACCCUGAUUGGUUCACCCUCUAUCUCAAUUCCUGGAUCACCCACAACUACCAUAGCUGGAUCACCCACAACUUCUAUUGCUGGAUCACCCACAAACUCCAUUCCUAGAUCACCCAGCACUACCAUAGGUGGAUCACCCACCACUAUUAUAACUGGAUCACCAACAACUACCAUAGCUGUAUCACCAACAACUACCAUAGCUGGAUCACCAACAACUACCAUAGCUGGAUCGCCAACACCUUCUGUAGCUGGAUCUCCCACAACUUCCAUCCCUAUGUCAUCAACCACUUCCCUUGCUGGAUCAACCAUAACUUCUAUCGCUGGGUCACCUUCCAUGUCCGUUCCGGGAUCACCCACUGCAUCGAUUGUUGCAUCACCCACCAGCCCGGUGCCUGGAUCUUCAACUAGAACACUUAUGGAAUCUGUUGACUCAAAUAUGUCUCCCACAGAAGUCUUAAUGGGAACACCUACCAUACCCAGGAAUCUAGCUCAGGCACCAAUUUUACCAAAAUCCGAGCAAACAAACAUUAACAGAGCAGAAACUCUUACCCCGGACCCAGAUCAAGGCCUUGAUUUAGUCGUGGAGAGAGAAUUUGUCAGACGUAAAGCUACCCUUGAUCUUAAUGUGGCUGCAGAGAGAACACAGAUAGAGGAUGAUGCUAAUGAAGCUGCAUUUGGUACAUUGAAGUAUUUACUGGCGUAAUUCAUUGGAUCGAUGUAAUAUAACGUUAUAAAAAAUUUCAUCAGCAUUUGAAAGCUUCAGAUACAUAAAGAAUGCCGAGAAGCUUUUCAUUUGUAUAUUUAUUACAUAUUUUGAGUGCUUGAGUGAGCCAGAGAAAUUGUCUAGAUAUCAAAGUUUUCUUCAGCAGCCUUCAUGCGUUUUAAAGUGUUCACCCUUUCGGUUCGUAAGCUCUCUCGAUUUUCUUCCAAGAUCACAUUGGCCAAACAACAAGCCAAAACCACACCGAGUAACUCGACAAUGGCUAGGACUGUG